AUGGCUGGACUUUCAACUGAAGGUGUUCAUGGCGCUGACGAUUUGAGCAGAGUCCCCGACGUGGUCCCCCCGAUCAACGUUGCUACGACAUACAAGUACUCUAAGGAUCCAUCUACAUGGAUCAAGGCUGCGGACGGUCCUCCUUUACUUGACAAUCCCGUUUACUCCAGAUUAUCGCACCCCAACUCGGAACAAGUGGAGGCUAUCGUGGAGCACAUCACUGGCUACAAGUGUGUGGUAUACCUGAGUGGUUUGGCAGCAUUCAAUGCCGCCAUGUGCCACUUAAACCCGAAGACGCUUGCCAUUGGCCAAGCAUACCAUGGUUGCCAUGGUAUUGCUGACAUCUUGACUAGAAAUUACGGCGUGAAACAGAUUGGUUUGGAUGACGAGUUUGAUCGUGUGGUGAAGCUGGGUGAUGUCGUUCAUCUUGAAACACCGGUCAAUCCAGAAGGGGUAUGCAUUGACAUUCAAAAGUAUGCCGACAAAGCGCACAAGUAUGGUGCCAAAGUUGUGGUCGAUUCCACUUUUGCUCCUCCCCCCAUUCAAGAUCCUUUCCAACAGGGAGCUGACAUUGUCAUGCACUCAGCCACAAAGUUCUUUGGUGGUCACUCGGAUCUCCUUGCGGGCUUGUUGCUUGUGAAGGACGAUGAAACUAAGGACAAGUUGUUGAAGGACCGCUUGUUGUUGGGUACCAACAUCGCCAACCUUGAAGCUUCUCUUUUGAUACGGUCUUUGCGCACUUUCGAAAUGAGAGUUGACCGUCAAUGGAAGCUGGCCACGGCAAUUGUCAAGCGUCUCCAUGAUGACAUUGAUAAGCUUCCUAAGUUGGCGAAGAUCUACCACUCUCUGUUGCAAACAGAACCGUUUGUCGCUAAACAAAUGCCCAACGGUCACUCGCCCGUAUUCUCCAUUGAGUGUCCCGACGAACAAACGGCCAAGGAACUCCCUCUUAAAUUGAAGUACUUCGUUCACGCCACUUCUUUGGGUGGGGUGGAAUCCUUGAUCGAAUGGAGAGCUUUGUCUGAUGCUACCUGCUCCCCUAAGUUGUUGAGAGUCUCCGUUGGGGUUGAAAAUGUCGAGGAUCUUAUUGAAGAUUUAGUACAAGCUUUACAAUAA